CGCCCGCCAUCCGUACUUCUUCUCCUGAACUCCCAUCUCUCCGAGACAUUAGCUAGUCAGCACGAUGAACGACGGCGCCUCCAUAUCUCGCGCGACGUCUAUCUCGCGGACGAGCAAGGCGGGCUCGACGCUUUCGAGGAACGCGUCCCUCAUCAAGAAGAACAUCGCCCCGCAUGACCUGCAGCCCUCGGACGUGCUCAUCGAGCGCUUCGUUGCAUGGAAGGCGAUUGUGAAGCAGUUGAUUGCUUACUUUGAGGGCGUCGCGGACAUCGAGAACAACACGGCGAAGGAGAUGACGAAACUUAGCGCGGUCAUUCAAGUUCCUUUCCGUGCCGGCAACCAGUUCCUCGGCGAGGGGGGCCUUCAGGACACCUACUACGCCAUCCGCGACAAAACUCGCACAAUCGCUGACCACCACGCAAACCUUGGUCGGACGAUUGACAGCUCCAUCGUCCAACAUUUGCAGAAGUUGCGAGUAGAGAUCAAGGCCCAUGUCAAGAAUAUCCAGAACGACACAGGCAAGUUGGCCACCAGUGUGGCAAAGGAGCGCGAACUAUCGACGCGGUACAUUGCUGAGCUGGGCGCGAGCAUCACUGCAUUCAAGAACACGCCCAUGAACGUCACCGCGAAGACUGACCCAUACGUCGCCAAUUCUGCAGUUCAGCGACAGCUGCAUAAGCAGGUUCACGAGGAGAAUUUGCUUCAGAAGUCUAUUAUCAUCAUCCAGCAGAACUCGGCGCAUUUUGAGGAAGGCAUCGUUCGCGCAGUUCAGUCCGCAUGGCAGACGUACUCGGAGUGGCAGUCGCGCGCGUCCGCAGCUAUCCAAGAAGUGCACGUCGCUCUCGCGGCGCAGAUGGCUUCGCUCGCGCCCGACCGCGAGUGGAUUGCCUUCAGCGCGCGCUCCGACCACCUGCUUGACCCCGACACGCCUUUGCGCAAGCCCGACCACAUCGUGUAUCCGCUCAUGGACGACCCAAGCAUCCUCCCCGUGCAUACAGGCCUCCUCGAGCGCAAGAAGCGCUUCAUGCGCAAGUAUCGCGAGGCGUACUACGUGCUCACGCCCGCGGGCUUCCUGCACGAGUACGCGAGCUCGGACCCGAACGCGCCGGGUGGGCAGGCGCCCACCUUCAGCCUCUUCCUGCCGGCGUGCACGCUGGGCCCACCCGCACCCCCGACGAGUCGGUCGCACAAGUUCCACGUCGAGAGCAGCACGGAGGGCGGUGGCGGGGUGGGCCCCGCGGGCAAGGUGUCCGGCCUGCGCGCGAGCCUGAGCAUGAAGGGCAGCGCGCACGCGUGGACGUUCCGCUGCCGCUCGCGGGAGGAGAUGAUGGAGUGGUGGAACGAUAUCCGCAUGUUGUGCGCGCGUUACCUGGUCGCGAGCGAGCAGAUGGAGCGCUCGGGUCCCGUGGCGGCCGCGGUGCGCUCGGUUGGGUACAACUCGGAGGACGAGGAGGAAGAGGAGGAGCUGGAGGAUGACGAGGAGGGGGUGAAUAGCAGUCUCAGCGGGGACGAGGGGGAGCUGGAGUACGCGGACGCGGAUGGGGCGGGCAGUCCGCCGAGCUACGCGCACACGCGCGCGUCGCACGAGUUCCCGGCGGAGAAGGGCCACAAUGGCGGUAGUGCCGGGAAUGCGAAUGGUGAUGGGGUCACACUGCGCGAUGACGGGCCGGUGCGCGAUAAUGCGCUGGCGGAUGGCGGGGUGGCGAGGCGGCCGAGCAAGCGGCAGUUGGAGAAGGCGCCGGAGGGGCGGGCGCCGCAUGCGGUGGACGAGGAGGGGUCGCCGGAGAGCAAGCAGGGACCGGGGCCGGCUGAGAGUCGGUUCACGGAGGAUCUGUGAAGGAAUGACCUGCCACUAGGCGGUCGGGUUAGUCAGGCAAGGACAAUGAUACGAUAUGUGCUCAAUUGUUAUUCCACCAGCAGUAACGCGUUCUUGCUUCGCAAUGCGGCUGAACGAUACGGUCUUCCAGUCAGGGACAAGUGCAUAUUUUUGUAAUUCAGCAGACUGGUGCUUUUUAUGUAUUCUGUGUUCCGCAGUAAUUCGCCCAAUGUGCUCGCACCGGACUCGAAGGCCAAAACAGAAUUGAC